CCCAGCCCUCGGCUCUGCUUUUCCAGGCGGGGGAGAGGCUGGACCACAGCAGAGUUUUAAACCAAGUCGGUAGGACAGGAGUUUCCCCAGGACUCCGCAAAGCCGGCUGCUUGGAGGAGAGAGAGUGGAGAUGCAGCUGGACUAUCUCCGUCCGGCUGCUUCUUCCCGGUCCAGCCUGCCUCCCCUAUGCGAGGCUGGAGGAGGAGGAGGAGGAGGCAACCAGCUGGCCAUGGGGUUUGGCAGGUACCAAGCCCCAGAGCCGUACCAGGGGUCCCGUUCGCCGCUGGCCCCCGAAAGGACCAAGCCUCCGUACAGCUACAUCGCCCUCAUCACCAUGGCCAUCCAGAGCACCCCGGAGAAGCGGAUUACCCUCAAUGGCAUCUACCGCUACAUCACGGCACGCUUCGGCUACUACCGGGAGAACAAGCAGGGCUGGCAGAACAGCAUCCGCCACAACUUGUCUCUCAACGAGUGCUUCGUCAAGGUGCCGCGGGACGACAAGAAGCCCGGCAAGGGAAACUUCUGGACCCUGGACCCCGACUGCCACAACAUGUUCGAGAACGGCAGCUUCCUGCGGCGGAGGCGCCGCUUCACCCGCAAGAGGGGCCCGGCGGGUGCCGAGGGCCACAGGAAGCCGCUGGCGAAAUGCCCGCUGUUCGUGGAGAAAGCCAUCAAAGUAGAAAGCGGUUCCGGUUCUUCUCCAGCUGCUGUGGGCCUGCUCCAGGGUUCCUGCCAAGAGAAAACGCUGCCCUUAGAGGUGUCCGUCGUUGCCAGCCCCAGUGACCCAGCCCUUCCUUGCCAGGAGCACCCAGGCUCCGGAGGCCUGGCCUGCGCCAAGAGCUACCCGCCGAGGCAGCCGUGCCUUGCUCCGCCACAGCCGGUGCCCAAACUUCACCCGUACGACCGACAGGCCUGCUACCAAGCCCUGCUGGACUGCUCCCAGGCGAAGGAGCCAGCCCUGGAGGGCAUGCAAGCCAGCCCUCUUGCCCAAGCGGGCGACAGGAUGGCACAGGCAGCCGCAGAGGUGAAGGAGCCCCUUCAGAGCAGCCCCAAAACACCUCUGGGGCCUCCCAAGAGCGGGCAGGAUGGGAAGGUUUUCGGGCAGCUGGCGCCAACUUUCCCGGGCCCUAGCAAGGGUGCCCAGGCCUGCAGCCGCCAGUCGUCGCCUUUGGAAGGCGAGGCCUAUGCCAAGCCUGCUGUCUUGCCCGUCUUUGGCUCCCUGGGCUACCCGGGAGCCGAUUCCCUGAGCGGGAACUACCAAUGCCGCCUGCAGGCCCUGAACUUCUGCGUCAACGAGCAUGGUGGCUGCGGCACGGCCUUGGAGCACCUGUUGUCAGCCACCGUGGCCACUGGGUCCUCAGCCCCCAGCCAGCCAGCCUCCUUCAUGCCACUUCAAGGAGAGCAGGAAGCCUGGGGCGGGGGGCCCUUCUCCCUCCAAGGAGGCAGCGGGUACCAGCUGGGCCUCCCCCACUGUCUCUACAGGACCCCCGGGAUGUUCUUCUUCGAGUGAUGGAGGGGU